UCAUGUGACUCGCGAAGUAGAUCAUGUGACAGGCAAUGUACAGAUUGUAUGCUCAAGUCAAACAAACUUUUCUGAAGAAGUUCAUUCACCAGUUUUUCCCAUUUUGUAGUCGAAUGAUGGGUGAAAAUGAACGAACUCCCCUUUUAAAAGGCGCGGAUGAUGAGAAGGAGUUAUCGGGAUGCGGAGGCACAAUAUGUUGCAAUCCCUGGCGUCCCGUGCACAGAUAUUUGGUGUUGAUUAUCAUGUGUUUUUUGAGUUUUGGGAGUUACUUUUGCUAUGAUAACCCUGCAGCCAUGCAGGACACCAUGAAGUCUGACUUGAACAUCGACACACAGACAUUCAUGGGGUUUUACUCGUUUUACUCCUGGCCAAAUGUCAUCCUGUGUUUCUUCGGUGGUUUCUUGAUUGACCGCGUGUUUGGUGUGAGACUCGGUGCUAUCAUCUUCAGUCUCUUUGUCACUGUCGGUCAGGGUAUCUUCGCUCUUGGUGCCUUUGUGGAUAAAGUUUGGCUUAUGGAUAUGGGCAGGUUCAUCUUUGGUAUUGGUGGCGAGUCAUUGUGUGUGGCACAGAAUACCUACGCUGUCAGCUGGUUCAAAGGACGCGAGCUCAACAUGGUCUUUGGUCUGCAGCUUAGUUUCUCCAGAGUUGGUAGCACAGUGAACAUGAAUGUCAUGCCAACCCUUUACCGUUUUAUGGCACAAUUUUACCAGGGUUACACGUGUUUAGGAGUCGUGCUACUUAUUGCUGGUUGCACAUGUGUCAUGUCCCUGUUCUGUGCUCUCGCCUUGGCGUACUUCGACAAACGACUGAACCGGAUAUUGAAAAAAGAUGAAGAAAAAACGGGUGAAGUGAUCCACAUGACUGAUAUCAAAGACUUCUCUAUAGCAGUCUGGCUCUGUUGUCUCAUCUGUGUUGCCUACUAUGUUGCUAUCUUCCCUUUCAUUGGAUUGGGGCUCGUGUUCUUUGAGCAGAAGUUUGACAUGGAACCAGCAGACGCUAAUGCUGUCAACAGUAUCGUCUACAUCAUUUCUGCUGUUGCAUCACCAUUUUUUGGCUUUGUGAUUGACAAGACUGGGAAGAAUGUAUUCUGGGUAAUAGCUGGUGUGUUAGUGACGAUAGCCUGCCAUGGCACACUGGCAUUUACGUUCAUAAAUCCUUAUGUGGCAAUGAGUGUCAUGGGCUUAGCCUACUCUGUUCUGGCCAGUGCCUUGUGGCCAAUGGUAGCUUUAGUUGUACCCGAACAUCAGUUAGGAACUGCAUAUGGAAUAAUGCAGUCCAUCCAGAAUCUGGGUCUUGCUGUGAUCUCUAUAGUUGCUGGUCUGAUUGUCGACAGCAAAGGCUAUUUAUUCCUGGAGGUCUUCUUCCUUGCCUGGUUGUGUUUGGCUCUGAUAGGAGCUGUGUUAUUGUAUGUGACAGACGCCACGCGAGGAGGGAGAUUGAACAUGUCCGCCGGGACGAGACGCAACAUCGAAGAGUUGCAAGAAGAAGUGGCUCCGUCAGCAGCAGCAAAUGUUGGUCGGACCUGAUGAUGAAGCGUCCAACCGAGAACAGGGUUUGCUCUCAGGAAUGGAUAUCAAUCAAGAAUUGGUACCUGGAAUUGGUUCACUUCAGCUUCCAAACCAUUACAACAUCAAGAUGUCAGCGCUGGCUCAUCACAGUAGUGUUAUACACUGAACAGGACACUCGGCUUCAAUGAUGCCUAUUUCACGACAAGAUAGCAGGACUGCUACUGUGGAACAGUAUCCUGACCUGGCUCCGAUCACAGUAGUGUCGUACACUAAAAGAUCCGACCGAAGACAUGAGUCUCUGGGCAAAUAAAUCCAAUUAGUGCCCAACUGUAGUGGUACUCAUGCCGGCGUGCUGUGAUUGGUGUGAUGAAUAUGUGAGCAUUUGACUUGUGUGAUACUGACAGGUCCUUGGUGAGUGAGAGGAGGAAACGGAAAGAGGCUGUUGGCUAUGUGAAGAUAGGCCUCUUCUUGGUGUUGUACAUGUCUAGCACAUUGUGGGCUGCUGGUUGUGGGGUGAAUUAGCAGUGUAGAGCUGUGUACACUGUCAUGUCCAUGAUGUGUGGUUAUACUGCCAAAGCAAGUCCAGUGUGCCAGAUACUAAUGGUUGAUAGUGAUUGAUGACCAAUUCACCUCAUUUAGUCCUCAGUUCCGAAAAGUAGGUUGUAUGAAGCAACAUCACAGAACUAUCUUUUCCCUUAAGAGAAACUAUGCUUGGUUGCAUUUAUUUUAUACUGGUACGUGCAUAUGAUGAUUUGAUAGAAGUGCAUGGGUAAACACAAAUAUUGUUUAUCUGCGCAAUAUCAUGAAUGUUAUGACUUGGUAAAUAUAUUUUUAGCUCAGCUGACAAAUUAUGCCAAAUGCCCCAAUUCUUCCAAUUCCUUGAUUUACAUAUUAAUCAGUAACAAUAUGGUCGUAU